CAUUUGAAUCAAAGAGUAGAUUACUGAAAUUAUAGAAUUGUAUUGAAUAUUGAAUAAUUAUUACUUAUUUAUUUGUAUUCGGUUAAUAAUCUGGUGUGAUUCGGUAUAAGGUCUAAAGGCUACAAUUUUCAAUUAAAAUUAUUGUUCUAUUAACUUUAACAAUGCGGUGCUGCGUGCCUUUCUGCGAAAACACUUUAGACAAUGUGUCGACAUCUCAGAAAACGGGAAUUACUUUUCAUAGAUUUCCCAGUGAUAUUAGUCUGCGUGCAGCUUGGCUCCGAGUCCUCGGCACACAAGAGCAUCACCUGCCUGACCCUGCUGUGGUCUGCUCUCAGCACUUUACACAUGAUGACUUUUAUGAAACCGCAAGUUGUGUAAAGCAGAUUCGCCCCAAUGCUAUUCCUUCAACAGUGCAGAUGUGCAUGAUAUGCCUGGACACUGACAGCAAGCUGUCUCUAAUGAGUAAACACAAGUUGGAGGAGGCAUAUGAACAGCUAACUGGACUGUCUUUGUGUCGUGGAGGAAACCUGAAGCAAACACUCUGUGUGCUGUGUGCUCAGAGAUUGAUUAACUUCAGUAGAUUUAGAGACUUGUGCUUGAGAGCCCAUUCACUGAUGACAGACUUACUUGCACAAGAUGAAUUAAUUUCAAUACAACAUAAAGAGUUGAUGAACUGCACAACAAAACAUCUGAAGUUUAAUUUGACACAAACCACAUUAGCCGCUGAUCACUGUGACUUGUACAUAGAUCACACUGAUGAAGAGGAACAGACAGCAGCAGAGGAAUCUGUAGUGGGAGAUGUUGCAACAAUUGUGCUGAAGAAUGAAAACAGUUUUUGCGCUGAUCUCAUGGAAUCUCAUAAAGAUGACAAUUUGAUAGACAAUUCCAACAAUGACUGUGUUUCUAAUGACAAUUACUCCAAUAUAAGCAUAAAGUUGGAACCAUAUUCACUGGAUGAAGAUAUAAAGGAAUCGCUUAAUAAUCAAAAUCAAAUUCAAUCAAAUGCAGGAGCUUCCUGCACUACAGUUCCAGUACUUGUGAAUGAAACAGAGAAUUACAUUAAAAUUGAAAGUGUUACCUUUGGAUGUACGCUUUGUUCUGAAGAGUUUAUGCGAGAGAAUGAAUACUAUAAACAUAUGAGCGAGCAUCUCAAGGUAGCUGAUGGUGACGCUGCAUGUGAUGUAUCACAAAUGUGCGGGCCUCGUGCAGCUGUGAGCCACAGCGGUGACUCACUCGACAAGUACAAAGUGCAGGCAACAGAAGAAGCAGCUGCAACCCGGAAAAGUGAACAAAUCCUUGAGACUGACAUUGGCGAACUGUACAACCAAUCAUCUAGCGGCACUAAAAUAUAUACAGAUAUAAAUAGAUUCACAAAUAGUGUAGUACAGUUGUAUGAUAUUUUAAAAAAACCCAAGAAAACUGUACUAGAUGAGAAUCCACGCGUGAAAACCCACACUGGUGCAAAGCCUUACUCUUGUGAAAUUUGCAAUUAUAAAACUGCCGACAAAGGUAAUUUUGUUCGUCACACGAAAACACACACUGGCGAAAAGCCUUUUUGUUGUGAGAUAUGUAAUUUUAAAUGUGCACAUAAGCAUAAUUUAUUAAAUCACAUAAAAACGCACACUGGCGAAAAGCCUUUUUCUUGUGAGAUUUGUAAUUAUAGAUGUGCACAAAAAGAUGAUUUAAAGAGACAUGCAAGAAUCCACACUGGUGAAAAGCCUUUUUCUUGUGAGAUAUGUAAUUAUAAGUGUGCACGUAAACAUAAUUUAUUAGCUCACAUGAAAAUGCACACUGGCGAGAAGCCUUUUUCUUGUGAGAUAUGUAGUUACAAAUUUGCACAUAAGCAUAAUUUAUUAAAUCACAUGAAAACGCACACGGGGGAAAAACCCUAUUCGUGUGAGGUAUGUAAUUACAAAUGUGCACGUAGAAGUAACUUAUUGAAACAUAAGAAGAGAAUUCACUUUAGACUUCUAGGCCUCUAGAGUAACUGUGAUAAAAUAGUUUAGUCAGAUACAAGAACUCCUUGGAAUAGCUGAUUUGUCCGAGCACUGACAAAUGUUAAAAGCUAGUCUGGUCUUCUCACAGGACCGUAAGGGCCUGGGGGAGGCAUAUCCAAAGCAUUUGCCUCCUGCGUGCAUUUUAAUUGCGCGCUCCAUGACUUUGGCAUAGUCAUUGGAUGCGUCCUCGGGUGGGGGCGUUUGUGGUCGCCUUUUGAUAUUUUCUUUGUUUUCUCUUCUUCUUUGUGUUUGGCGCUGUGGCAGUGUCUGUCAAGCGGCAACCUCACCAUGUAUCCUUACAUUUCUGGUUUAAGAUCUUUAUUUUUCUCAACAGAAUUUUUUUUUUUUAUUGAGAAAGAAUACAAUAUGGAACUUAAGCUAACUUGCCCACGUGGAAUGGUGGCAAGUUAGCAAUAUUCUUAUUAUUAUUCGAUAAAAUUUUUUGGCACUGCGACUCCAUGGCCCAAGGGUCUCCACAGCAAAAGGUACAAAUAUGUAACUCUCUGUCAGAGAUGCAUACUUGAGCCACUUACCGGUUUCAGCUUUUUCUGCUGCGGCUCCCGGUCUUGAUUCUGUCUCCCUGAUAUGACACGGUGCUAAUGUGUCGACACAUGUAGCCUCCCACAUUAGGGCCCGCCCCAUUUCCCAGGGAACCAGCGUCAAUCCAUCAGGUCUCUUGCCAUCAUCCCGACUGAUUCCUGACGGCUCGAUUAGCGCAGGAAUAUUUAUGGUGGCAAGAGCCCUUUUUAUUGUAUCAAAAGAAUUACAUUAAAUUCGCUUAUAUGAGAAAUACAAUUAACUCACAUUUUUCAAUUUGUGAGAAAUGGUUGGUUUAUCAUGAAAAAAGAACUUCGAAAUUUGGCGAGAAGUAUACUGUAUACUGUAUGUCCAGAUAAUUGCACAGCUAUGGCGAUAGGGUUGUAGAAUUUAUUAAACCCGUUUAGGAUGUGCUCAGUGAGGCGGUGCGCUUGGUGAACACACCAGUGUCUACACCGAAAUCCAAACUGUUGGUUGAUGAGAAGUUGUUUCUCAUCACAGAUGGCUUUGAGGAGAUUCAAAAUGAUUAUCUCGUACACCUUGCCUAUGGUGUUAAGAAGAUUGAUUGGGCGGUAGCUAGUCGGGAGAUCGCGGGGUUUACCCGACUUGUGGAUGCCAAUGACCGUGACUUCUUUCCAUGCGUCAGGCGCAGUGGGCUAGAACAUUGAAGAUGUUCACCAUGGUUGAUUAUCUGGACCAGGAGGACCUUUAAAGCUUUAUUGCUAAUCGUGUGUAAUAAAGGCCCGGGGCCUUCUUUUUGCGCAAGCCCUUGAUAUCCGCAGAGACUUCUUCGCAUGACGUAGGGGUGAUUUCGACCCCGUCCAGGGGGUGGAAUAAGAUCAAAGUGAGUUCGGACUUCACUUUUUUCGCGUGUGAUUUUACGAGUGCAGAAGUGCACUGGGCUUCGAGACUGUCGGUUAGGCAUUCGACCUUAUCGAUGUUCUCGAUCGCGUUUGGGAGGGAGUUUGAGAGGUGGAGUGGCAGCGAGACGGUCGGCUUUGAGAUAUCUCAAACCACUUGGUAGAAGGCUACGUGCGUGGGAUCGAGGUCUCUCAGUUUAACGUUCCAACAGUUGGAUACUGAAGAUUGUAAGCCUCAGAUAUAUGUGAUAUUAUAUUGUAAGUUAUUAAAGAUUAAACGCAUAAGUUUGC